UUUGUGGUUUUAUUUGCAGAGAAGAAAUGUGAUCAGCGAGGACUUACAGGAGUUCUGGCGGAAUAGUUUCGUGGUGAUAUCCCUUCACCUCGUCACCCGGCACGUCAUUCUCAGGUUACCAGAUCUGUAAGGGCCAUGAGAAAACAGAUGAUGAGUGAUGAUUGUUGGAGCUCUAGAGGACGAUGCCACUCUGACUAUAGCUACGGGAAGAAGUAUGGCAGAGUCUAUUGCUUUUAUGCUCUCCGUGUGAGGUUGCACUGGGCAUGAAUGUUUUCACCUAGAGAACGGCUUGGGAUAUAUAUUUUUGUCUACAGCCAGAGGAGCAAAGCUUCUCCACAAUGAAGCUCCGCUUUGCCUUUAGCCUCUCCUUGGUUUUUGCAGUGGGAAUGCUUCAUGUUGCUAAGGCAGCACAAGGGAAAUAUGCUCAAAUGCUCUUUAAUGAGCUCUUUGAAGACUAUUCAAAUGCUCUCAGACCAGUGGAAGAUACAGACAGCGUACUGAAUGUCACUCUUCAGAUCACUCUCUCCCAAAUAAAGGAUAUGGAUGAGAGAAACCAAAUUUUGACCGCCUACCUAUGGAUUCGACAAACAUGGUACGAUGCCUAUUUGAAGUGGGACAAGGAUGAAUAUGAUGGGUUGGAUUCUAUCCGAAUCCCCAGCAAUCUGGUAUGGAGACCGGACAUUGUCCUUUAUAACAAGGCUGAUGAUGACUUUUCCGAGCCCGUGAACACUAACAUUGUAUUGAGGCAUGAUGGCAAGAUUACUUGGGAUUCACCGGCUAUAACAAAAAGCUCAUGUGUGGUGGAUGUAUCUUACUUCCCCUUCGAUAGCCAGGAGUGCAACCUAACCUUUGGCUCUUGGACCUACAAUGGUAAUCAGGUAGAUAUUUUCAAUUCUUUAGACAGCGGCGACCUCUCAGACUUUAUAGAAGACGUGGAGUGGGAGAUUCACGGCAUGCCGGCUGUUAGGAAUGUGAUAACCUAUGGCUGCUGCUCAGAGCCUUAUCCAGAUGUUACAUUCACCCUUAUUUUGAAAAGGAAAUCAUCUUUCUAUAUAUUUAACCUGCUGCUUCCUUGUCUGUUGAUAUCUUUUCUGGCUCCACUGGGAUUCUACCUCCCAGCAGACUCUGGAGAAAAAGUGUCUCUGGGGGUCACUGUUCUGCUUGCCCUGACCGUGUUUCAGCUAAUGGUUGCGGAGAGCAUGCCUCCUUCUGAAAAUGUGCCCUUGAUCGGUAAAUAUUACAUUGCUACUAUGACAAUGAUCACAGCAUCCACAGCACUGACCAUCAUUAUAAUGAAUAUCCAUUACUGUGGAUCAGGAGCCAAGCCUGUCCCACAGUGGGCGAGGGUGGUCAUCUUGGACUACAUGUCAAAGAUCUUCUUCGUUUAUGACGUUGGCGAAAACUGCACAAGUUUGCAACGUGUCAAAGAGCGGGACCCAAAGGCGGAAAAGACGAAUAGCGCUUGUCGAAAAGACCAAGACAGAUACGAAGGGACGAGGAGGCCGCUUGCCAAGAUCCAACAUGGCGGUUGUGACCUCAAAAAGAAGCCCCCAGAUGACGUUUGUGACGGCAGUGGAGUCCCGGGUGAAAACGCCAGGGAUAUUGUUAGUUGCUGUUCCUGCUACAGAAUCCUGAUCAAGAAUAUUGAAUAUAUCGCUAGCUGCGUGAGACGCCACAAAGCCAACCACGCCAAAGGAGUGGAGUGGAAGAAGGUAGCCAAAGUGAUGGACAGAUUCUUCAUGUGGAUCUUUUUCAUCAUGGUCUUUUUCAUGAGCGUUUUGGUCAUGGGCAAAGCACUUUGAGGAGAAAUGUAACCAGGGCCGCAUAUUCCUCAAGCGCCCCCAUGUUAUAUUAAAAGAGCUUUGCCUGUGAUGAAAGUGGAUGGCGUGUCUCCCCCAACCCUAGAACUUCAUUCUUAUUGAGUCUUCUCCAAUUCCACGUGGGGGCAAAACAUGUGCUUUCAGGAUGAAGGUCUGAGAUCUGAACCACACCUGACUUGGAAAUAAACUGCAUGGUCCUUCCAAGUAAAGGAGUACAGAACAAAAGUGCAUAUGUUUAUAGUUUUCCCUACUGUGAUGGACAUUUCCUAAGGGGAAGAAAGGAACUAUAGAAAUCCAAUUAUCUCCAACAAAAGCCAGUUUGGUCAAGGACAGAGUCCUAGACCUAGAUCAAGGAGGCUGAUAUCUAUAUGUGUCUGUCUGUCUGUCUGUCUGUCUGUCUGUCUGUCUGUCUCGUCUUCACUGAGCUUGUUAGAUGGUUUCGUGCAAGUUUCUGUCCCUCAUUCUCAGUUUUGUGCAAGCUCCUAUCUCAUUCUCUCUUGCGGUGGUGGUCAGGAUAAAAUUAGAUGACUGUACAUUAACCUCGAGCUCAUUGGAGAGAGCAGAUCUGAGAAAUACUGUAACAAAUUCCUGCAUUGAGUGGGUUCUAUGAUCUUAUUAUUGUACAUAUCCACAUUCAUCAGCUUGACAUCCCAUCGUCCAAUUAUGAUAGCUAUGAAAGAUGCUUAGAUUAAUCUUGUCUCUUUCCCCUUGUUACUUGUUUGUAUAGUUAAUGUAAAAAAUAAACAUAAUAAAAAGCAAUGCCUUUUAAACCAGCAACCUUUUGAAGAUUUAUAGAUUUAAGGUUAACUUUUAAACUAA